AUGAGAUCCCGAAACCAAGUUGGAGAAAGCUCUCCUAAUGGGCAUUUCUCCAGUUCUAAGCCCAUUGUCAGCAAUGCAGAGAAUGAAAACCUUCAGGAAGAUGCCAAGAAAAAGAACAAAUCUCAUCGAAAGGAAGAGGAGGUCAUGGUCUCAGGGACUGUAAAACGACACUUAAACUCACCGGCACCUGGUGAACGAAAGAACAAGAAAUCCAUAGAACUUUCUAAAGAGGACUUAAUCCGGCUCCUCAGUAUAAUGGAAGGAGAACUGCAGGCUAGAGAAGAUGUCAUCCACAUGCUGAAGACAGAGAAAACCAAACCUGAAGUUUUAGAGGCUCACUAUGGAUCAGCAGCUCCAGAGAACGUGCUGCGAGUGUUGCAUAGGGAUGCCAUCCUUGCCCAAGAAAAAUCCGUAGGGGAAGAUGUCUAUGAGAAACCCAUUUCAGAGCUGGACAGACUGGAAGAAAAGCAGAAAGAGACAUAUCGACGCAUGUUGGAACAGCUCCUCUUGGCCGAGAAGUGCCAUCGGCGCACAGUUUAUGAGCUGGAAAACGAGAAGCAUAAACAUACAGAUUACAUGAACAAGAGCGAUGACUUUACCAACCUCUUGGAGCAGGAGCGUGAAAGGUUAAAGAAGCUUCUCGAACAGGAAAAAAUCUAUCAAGCUCGCAAGGAGAAAGAACACACAAAGAGACUCAAUAAACUGAGAGACGAAUUGGUCAAACUCAAGUCAUUUGCACUCAUGCUGGUGGAUGAGAGACAAAUGCAUAUUGAACAACUUGGUCAGCAAAGUCAGAAAAUACAAGAUCUUGCUCAGAAACUAAAGGAGGAAGAAGAAAAGCUUAAAGUUAUUAGUUCAAAAACAAAAGAAGAUGGACAAAAAUUGAUGAAAUUAGAAGCAGAACUUGAACACAAGACAUUAUCAUUUUCUCAAGAGCAUGAGGAGAUGACCGCUAAACUGGGUAAUCAAGAGUCACAUAAUAGACAGCUGAGACUUAAGCUGGUUGGUUUGACUCGUAGAAUUGAGGAGCUAGAGGAAACUAAUAAAAAUCUUCAAAAGGCUGAGGAAGAACUUCAGGAAUUAAGAGAUAAAAUAGCAAAAGGAGAAUGUGGAAACUCUAGCUUGAUGGCUGAAGUGGAAAACCUACGCAAGCGUGUACUUGAAAUGGAAGGCAAAGAUGAGGAGAUCACAAAAACUGAAUCCCAGUGUAGAGAGCUGAAAAAGAAACUGCAAGAGGAAGAACAUCACAGCAAAGAGCUGAAAUUUGAAGUGGAAAAGUUGCAGAAGAGAAUGUCAGAACUGGAGAAGCUGGAAGAGGCUUUUAGUAAAAGUAAGUCUGAAUGUUCCCAGUUGCACUUAAAUCUGGAGAAAGAAAAGAAUUUAACCAAAGACUUAAUAAGUGAGUUGGACAUGGUGAAGACUCGAGUGAAAGAUCUUGAAUCUUCAGAAAGUAAGUUGGAAAAAGCUGAACUAAGCUUAAAGGAGGACCUUACCAAGCUGAAGUCAUUUACUGUCAUGCUGGUGGAUGAAAGAAAAAAUAUGAUGGAAAAAAUAAAGCAGGAAGAAAGAAAAGUUGAAGGUCUGAACAAAAAUGUUAAGGUAGAACAAGGUAAAGUUAUGGAUGUGACUGAGAAAUUAAUAGAUGAAAGUAAGAAACUUUUGAAACUGAAAACUGAAAUGGAGGAAAAAGUGUCCAGUUUAACAAAGGAAAGAGAUGAGUUAAUUGGGAAACUGAAAAGUGAAGAAGAAAAAUCCUCUGAACUGAGUUGUAGAGUUGAUUUGUUAAAGAAAAGAAUUGAAGGUAUAGAGGAAGUAGAAAGAGAAAUAGCAAGAGGUCGAGCCAGAAAAGGACAAGAACUUGCUUAUCAUGAGGACAACAAGAUUAAAGAACUAACCAUUGAAAUUGAAAGACUGAAAAAACGUCUCAAACAAUUGGAAGUGGUUGAAGGAGACUUGAUGAAGACAGAGGAUGAAUAUGAUCAGCUGGAGCAGAAAUUUAGGACUGAGCAGGACAAAGCUAACUUCCUUUCUCAACAACUGGAGGAAAUGAAGCUCCAGAUUGCCAAAAACAAAGCAAUAGAGAAGGGUGAAGUGGUGAGUCAGGAAGCAGAGUUGAGGCACAGGUUUCGGUUAGAAGAAGCUAAAAGCAGAGAUUUGAAAGCAGAAGUGCAAGCUCUUAAGGAAAAAAUUCAUGAGCUGAUGAACAAAGAAGACCAGCUUUCCCAGCUCCAAGUUGAUUAUUCCGUUCUUCAGCAAAGAUUUAUGGAAGAAGAAGAUAAAAACAAAAAUAUGGGUCAAGAAGUCCUGAACUUAACAAAAGAGUUAGAGCUUUCUAAGCGUUACAGUCGUGUCCUCAGACCCAGCAUGAAUGGUAGAAGAAUGGUAGAUGUUCCUGUGACAUCAACUGGGGUGCAGACUGAUGCAGAAAGCAGUGAAGCAGCAGAAGAAGAAACCCCAGCUGUGUUUAUAAGGAAAUCCUUCCAAGAGGAAAAUCACAUCAUGAGUAAUCUGCGACAGGUAGGGCUGAAAAAACCCACAGAGCGCUCAUCUGUGCUUGACAGGUAUCCCCCAGCAGCAAAUGAGCUUGCAAUGAGGAAAUCUUGGAUACCAUGGAUGAGAAAAAGAGAGAAUGUGUCCCAAGGAGCUCAUGAUAAAGGAGCCCGAACACAUGGUAGCCCAGGACAUCCUGGAGAGGUUGUCCUUUCCCCAAAGCAGGGGCAACCUCUUCAUAUUCGGGUGACUCCAGAUCAUGAGAAUAGUACAGCUACUCUGGAGAUAACUAGCCCAACAUCUGAGGAGUUCUUUUCAAGCACCACUGUCAUUCCAACCUUGGGAAAUCAGAAGCCACGGAUUACCAUCAUUCCUUCUCCAAAUGUGUCACAAAAAGGAAAAGGUGGCGAGAGCUCAGUGGGCCCAGAGCGUGCUAUGUCACCUGUUACUAUAACUACAUUCUCCAGAGAAAAGUCCUCAGAUGGAGGGAGAGCUCCUUUCAUGGAAAGACCCACGUCCCCAAUUCAGAUUAUGACAGUAUCUACGUCUGCAGCACCAGCAGAAAUCUCUGUUUCUCCAGAAUUGCAGGAUAUGACCAUGGGAAGGGCUGUUUUCAAAGUAACACCAGAAAAACAAACUGUCCCAACCCCAAUCCGGAAGUACAAUGCCAAUGCCAACAUUAUAACAACAGAGGACAACAAAAUUCACAUUCACUUAGGUUCUCAGUUUAAACGCUCCCCUGGUGCUGCUUCUGAAGGAGCUAGUCCUGUGAUAACGGUCAGACCAAUGAAUGUAGCAGCAGAAAAGGAGGUUAUGACUGGUACCGUCCUUCGUUCCCCCAGGAACCAUUUCUCCUCCAGGCCUGGAGCAAGCAAAGUGACAAGUACCAUAACUAUAACUCCGGUUACAACAUCAUCCACACGAGGAACACAAUCAGUGACAGGACAGGAUGGGUCAUCACAGAGACCUACACCCACCCGUAUUCCUGUGUCAAAAGGUAUGAAAGCAGGAAAGCCAGUAGUGGCAGCCCCAGGAACAGGAAAUGUGACAAAAUUCGAGCCUCGUGCCGAGACUCAGUCUAUGAAAAUAGAACUGAAGAAAUCUUCAGCCAACAGCUCUGCCUCCCUGGGCGGGGGGAAGGGCUGA